CAAUAAACCCGAGCUAAGAGCGCCCUGGGCUCGCCUCCUUCUCCAAGGCGAUCAAUAGGAUCUCAGGCGCUCUACAAGCACUCUCUUACGUAGACAUCCACCAAGGAGAGAGCCGAUACAACAACACAGUUGAUCUGCUCAAACACAAAAAUCUACCUGCUUUCUGAAUCAUGUCGUUGAGCCCAAAGCACACUACGCCUUUUUCAGUGACAGAUAUUUUGAGUCCAAUCGAGGAGACCUACAAGAAGUUCAGUAUGGACGGCGCAGGGAACCUAACCUCUCCACUGGGAGCUUACCGACAGCCUCAGGUGUCUCAGACCGGGAUGCAACAGCACUCUAUGGGCCAUAACGCCACCGUGGCCACCACUUACCACAUGCCGCACACCGUCUCCCAGUUCUCCCACAGCGCAAUGGGGGGAUACUGCAAUGGAGGCAUUGGCAACAUGGGAGACCUCCCGUCGUACCAGGAAAGCAUGCGGAAUAGUGCAGCAGCAACAGGGUGGUACAGCGCCAACCCGGAUCCAAGAUACUCCACAAGUAUGAACAUGAGCGGCAUGGGGAGUCUCUCAGGAAUGGCGGACGCCACCAAGUCCAUGCCAGUUCUCCACGCUGCGCCCAGGAGGAAACGGCGCGUCCUGUUCUCGCAGGCUCAGGUCUACGAGCUGGAGAGGAGGUUUAAGCAGCAGAAAUACCUGUCGGCGCCUGAGAGGGAGCAUCUGGCCAGCAUGAUCCACCUGACGCCGACCCAGGUGAAAAUCUGGUUUCAGAACCACCGGUACAAGAUGAAGCGCCAGGCCAAGGACAAGGCAACGCAGCAGCUGCAGCAGCAGGACGGUAACCUGUGCCAACAGCAGGCGCAGUCCCCGAGGCGCGUAGCCGUGCCAGUUCUGGUGAAGGACGGUAAACCGUGCCAGAACGGCUCCAACACGCCAACGCAGAACCAGCAACAGGUACAACAGAGCCAACAACAAAACCAACAACAGAACGGACCCGGAGUUGUGCUCGCAUCUCCGACCAGCAGCCUCAGCCAGCAUCAAAGCCAGCAGCAGGUGAACGCUUUGGAGCUCGAGGAGAUGUCGCCUAGUCCCCCUUCACUGCACAGCCAGCUCAACAUGGCCCAGAUAGACACAUCUGCUGUAGAUUACACCAGCAACAUGGUCAGCUCAAACCUCCUCUACGGCAGAACGUGGUAGGACUUAAUACAGUACUGUCACUUUCAACUUCAUAUAUAUGAUAUAAUAUAUAUAUAUAUAUAUAUAUAUAUAUAUAUAUAUAUAUAUAUAUAUAUAUAUAUAUAUAUAUAUAUAUAUAUAUAUAUAUAUAUAUGAAGGCUGAAAACGGGGGCCCUUUGGUGUUGGAGGGGACAAGGCGCACAGAAGCGCACCAGCUGAUCAGGGCACAUUUUCUUGACAUCUCUGAGAGGGGAGUCUAUUUUUGAACAUUACAGAAAUGGCUGCCCUUGAAAGCAAUUACCCUAUGUCGUUUCUGGACCUUUUGUAAUCCAUGUUUUGGACCUUCCUCAUGAUGUUUUUAACGUAGUCUAUGUUGUUGAAACAAAAAGGAAUGCUGCUUCACUUGAGUUCGGACUGGGGGGAGGGGAGGUGGGAUCAGGUCUGAAGUACACUAAGCCACCACUCCUUAUUUACGGUGAUAACCUGGUAUUUUAUCAUAUUAAUAUUGUAAACUAAUGUAUUCAUUUAGACGUAUUAAAUAAAGUAGGGACUUGUAUAUUUGGCUAACACACACGAAUGCGUUUAACUGUAUAAUAAUCGAUAUUGCGUCCACUUUUAUCUUUUCUUUAUUCUUUUGUAAGUUAAAAAAAGGAACAAAUGCGUGAUGGCUGCUGUAUAUGUUUCAAAACCAAGUGAACGUUAACAAUAAAUAACUUGAAGUGUGA